CAUGGGUGGAGAUAGAUGCCCAGAAAUAUUGUGGGUGGGCUGCGAAUGUAGAGAGAUUUACUGGCCCAGAAUACAGCAAAACAGAGCUAAGACCUUAAUUUCUGGGGUGGCGGGAGGAGGAAAUGAGAAAUGUAGCAGUGGAAAUGACUGAGUCAAUGGGGCUUGAAGCCAGCCGCCCUCAGAAAACAAAGCGAAACGGCAGAGGAAUGGCUAGGUCUGUGUAGCGGCGGCUGAGCCAAAUACUGAAUGAGGUGCACCUGGUUAAGAGCAAGGGGUUAAAAGGGCACCCGACCAAUAGGGCAGGGGUCAGACGUUGAAGAAUGGGAAGGCUGCAAGGAGCUGCCUGUGCUGAUAGGGUGCUCUAAGCCCACCUGAAGAUGCCCUCUAUCAUGGCCGACUGGGGUCUGCACGGCCUUCUCUCGCCACUCCUCCCUGACACUUCGUCUUGGCGCCCUCGGCCAGAGCCCACCAUAGCCGUGCUGGGCUCGCUGGCCUUGCUGUUUGUUUGGUACUGCUACCGCGUGGGGAGCGGGCAAGCAGCCCCCGCCUCUCACCAGCAAGGCAUGCCCACGGAGGAGCGAUGCCCUCGCCGUGCCCUCGGGAGCGAUGCUGCCAACCAGCGCCUGUAUCGCAGCCUGCGAGACUACGCCAAGCGCUACUCAUGGUCGGGCAUGAACCGGCUGCACAAAGGCAUCCGAGACCAGGCCCAUUACCAGCUGGGUGAGCGCCUGGCGAUCCAGAAGCCCAGCGCCUUCUACCUCCCGGACUUGCCUUCUGCCCCCUACUUCCCCCGCGAGUCCCAGCGCCACGACGUGGAGAUCCUCGAACUCAGCUUCCCGGCCAUCUUGCGAGAGUUUGAGGGCAUCGCGUGGGACUUUGCGCCUGGAGCGCCAACCCCGCGGGGGUGGACGGCCAAUGCCAACCCUGGCUGCCAUAGCUAUUACCUCUACCGGCAAGGGGAGUGCGUGGCGCAGAACUGUCGCAGCUGCCCGUGGACGUACCGGGCACUCAGUGCGCUCCGCACCUUCGUCAAUGCCAACCGCUUUGGAAACGCUUGCUUCAGCGUCUUGCAGCCUGGAACUGUGCUGCCCGGGACCUACGGGCCAACCAACACCCGGGUGCGGUGCCAUUUAGGUGAGCAAAUGCUGGAAGAACAGCAAGGCGGGCAAGAUAUGGGGGCUUCAGUGUGUGGGGAAGCUUGCAAGGCCAGAGUCUUCCACCAUGCAUGUGUUGUCCACUAGCUGGAAAUUCUUGAGUCCCUAAACAGGAGGCAGAGGACUUCUGUUGUUUAUAAGUAUCAGAAAUAAGUACCCCUUAGGGGUCAUUUUUAGGGCUGCAAUAUAUAGUUGAGUAAUCUGUGCCCUAGAUCAAUCAGCCAACUAGAAAAUCUGUUAAAUUGUUUGGAAUAAUGCAAGUACUUUCCAAAAAACACGCAGGUGGAAAGUGGCAUCAUAGAAGAGGCAUUUCUUUCUGUGCGUGGGAAUGCUUCUUCCAGUAAGAUUUUUGCUCUGCCGUGAAAUACCUCUAGAAAUCAAAAGAAUGCUUUCUUUCUCUUUAGAGCUAUUGUUUUUAUUUGCUGAAAGUAUGAUGAUUUACGCAUCAAUUAAUCAGCUAAAGCUCAUUCAGUUAAUUAACAAUAUUUCUUUAAACAGAGCAACAGCCCUAAUCAUUUUAUGGUAAAGUAAUCUCAUAAGACCUUUUUAGAGGCCAGCAGUUAAGAGUUGGCCUUCAAGUCUGGGAAACUCUGGUGGCUUUGGACAAGUCACUGGCUGCUUCCUCACUUUAAUUUCCUCAUAUGAAAACAGAAAUAAUCAUCUAUCUUGCAGUGUAGUUGUUAGGUUCAGACAUUAACCAUUGUAAAGCAUGUAGUAGUAGUAGAUUAGUUGGAUAUGUAGAAGUGGAAUAACAGUAGACUUGAAGUUGCCUUCAACAAGAAAAUGUAAUGAUAUCACACAGCUGUUCAGACCUUGAGUGUCAUUCAUUCAUUCAUUUAUUUUUUAAAAGCAAGUUUCUAGCUCUCAAGUACGGUAUAUUUGAAAAUAUGCAAUAUUCUCGAAGAGCUCUUGUAUGCAUAAGGCAAAUUUGUAUGCCCUGCAUUGCCCCUGGUUCCUUCCUUCCUUCCAUCCAUAACCUUUUAUUGGGUUUUACAAGCAAGGCUCAUAGGAAUAAUAAAUGAGACAAAUAAAUAGACCAAGUCCUGUUACACCCAUUCUGAUCUCCGGCAAUGGCCUGGUUUGCCUGUCAUAGUAAGCCUGAGUGUGGCACAAACAUACUGGCUUCCGAACACGUCACAGAAGGAACAGGAACUUGCACCUGCUGUGCUUUUCCCUGAACUUUUUUGGGUAAAACUAGACAAGAGCUCAGCCAAGGUUUGUGUUGUUCAAACCCGGGGUCAUACUUCAGGUCUCUGCUCUUUAGACACUACCUCUAACCGUAGGGCCUACCUUGGCUACAAAUUGUGGUUAAAGGUGAGACACCCUGGCCAUGGAUUUGGACGGCACGCUAAGCUUACUUGCCAUGCUACGAUACCUGAAAAAGCCAGUGGGGGACAGGGAGCAAAAUGGCUGCCAUUUCCUCCUCCUCCUCUGUUUGCCCUAAGCUAUGGUUUGGCCUUCUGUGACGUGUGAAUGCAGCCUAUGCGUCCCUCCUCCCCAGAAACCUUCUGUUACGCCUCACCCACAUAUUUCCGUCUUGCUCUGUCAUUUGCAAGUAAAAUCAGGCAGACAACGCCCCCAAUUCCCCGCGAAGACUCAGAUCAAGACUGUCAAAAAAAUUAUGUAAGUGCUUUGCUUUUUGUGCCCAUCCUCUCUCUCUCUCUUUCUUUCUCUCUCACCCACCCACCAUGAAGUCUUUUCUAGAAGGAGCUCUGCAUAUGAGCAUUUUAUCCACACCUUUCAGGAUUGGGAUGGGGCGAGAGAGAAGCAGCAUUUCCUCGUGGGAAGGAAGAAAGCAGCGAGGUGGGCCUGCAAAGGCAACAGCAGGGCCUUCUUCGGAUAAGAGUGUCGUCCCCUUCCCAACCCAGAGACAGCCAGUAACCAGCAACUGCCCUGUUGGAAGGAACAUCUGAUGCCAUCUCCUGCUCCAGUAGAGCUGGUUGCUUUUGGUCUUUUUAAACAUAUCUUUAAUUUUAUUCAGUGCUAGUCGAAAAGUGAGCUCUAAAUCUGCUGAAUAAAUACACAAACUUAGGAAGCUUCCUUGUUACAGCCACCUUUUUCUUCCAUUUCUAGGGCUGAAGGUUCCUCCUGGUUGUGAGCUGGUCGUGGGGGGUGAGCCUCAGUGCUGGUCCGAAGGAUACUGUCUCCUAGUAGACGACUCCUUCCUGCAUACCACGGCUCACAAUGGUAAGAGAAUGGAUUUACAGGCUAAGGCUAUACAUCUGAUGCCCUCUAGAUGUUUUGAACUACAACUCCUACCAGCUCCAGCCAGCAUGGGCAAUAAUCAGGGAUGGUGGGAGUUGUCAUCCAAAGUAUAUGGAGGAACGCUGGCCUAGGGCAUUAAACUGAGUUUGCUCCCCUCCCCUUUUUUUUAUAAAUCAUAGCAGGGGUUGGGCCUGGGGAAAUUAUACACUCAACCUCAGUUUCCCAGUCUGUGAAAUGGGAGGGGAAAAAUUCAUGUCACUGCAGAUUUGGCACUCCGUUUGUCAGGGGGUGGCCUGCCUUACUGCCUGCUCCGCUCACCCAUAUGACUUUUCUUAAAGAGAUAAAGGUAAAGGGACCCCUGACUAUUAGGUCCAGUCGUGACCGACUCUGGGGUUGCGGCGCUCAUCUCGCUUUACAGGCUGAUGGAGCCAGCGUUUGUCCACAGACAGUUUUUUCCGGGUCAUGUGGCCAGCAUGACUAAGCCGCUUCUGGUGAAACCAGAGCAGCGCACAGAAACACCGUUUACCUUCCCACCGAAGCGGUACCCAUUUAUCUACUUGCACUUUGACGUGCUUUUGAACUGCUAGGUUGGCAGGAGCAGGGACCGAGCAACGGGUGCUCACCCCGUCGUGGGGAUUCGAACCUCCGACCUUCUGAUCGGCAAGUCCUAGGCUCUGUGGUUUAACCCACAGCGCCACCUGCGUCCCUUAAAGAGAUAUAACUUCUUUAAUAAUAGUAGGGAGCUGACAUAAUGCCAUCCUGCUUGACACAUUGCUGGCUGAUCACCUAUGGUUGAUCUUUACUCACCAUGGGCAAACAACGGUGUGUGAAUUUAUGCAGCUGAGCUGCUUUGUCAGGAUUUUGUGAUGCCCUCACAAGAUUAAGGAUAUUUCACAAUUUGAGGGUUACAUUAAAAGAUAACUCUAACCAUAUUUGUUGCAGGUUCUCCCACUGAUGGCCCACGGGUGAUAUUUAUUGUUGACCUCUGGCAUCCCAAUGUGGCAGGACCUGAGCGGCAGGCGCUAGACUAUAUCUUUGCCCCUGGUCGGUAGGUGCCUGCUCAGGAUCAGGUAUUGUAGCCAAGGGGGGGGGGGACCCCCAUAAUGCCACCAAUAGUGUUUGCUGCUCUUCACAAUCAUCAAAGCCUCCCACAAUAUUGCCUUGGAAUGGAAACUCUUAUUUUACCAUUGUGCAGACUGAACUGGAGGGGGGGGGAGGAAUGGCCCCCCCACUUCCAACUUUGGAGUUCUGCAUCUGAACUAAAAUCUACGCGGGGAUGUAUCACAGAUGGGGCGGCGGGGCUCCUUUUCUCUCUCUCAGUGUGAUGCUGUGACCUAAAAUACUUGUUCUAUAGACCUUUGUGACAUGGUAUACAUUGGUUCCUCUUCUUGCCAUUCUGUUGGUGGUAGACGCUGAUCUGGACGGGUCCUUGUGGCCUGUUCUCAUCUCCUGUGAGUCUGGGGUUAUUCAAGUGCAAGUGCAAGUGCUGCUGUCUACAGUCCAGGACCAGAAGGCCGCUGAGUUCUACUGAAGUUCAACAAUCCUGAUUUUAGUAGCAUGGCCUUUCCAGGUUUUUGGAAAUGGGUGGGUUGGGGAAGAGAAGCAAGCUAAGGUGAGCACUGUUUCCACCUGUCUGUGAUCAUUUGUUAAUUCCCACCCCGCAUCUGUUACCGCGACGUUUGUGUGGCAGGAUUUAAUCCAGAAAAGCCUUGCUAAUUAACCUGCACCCCAAUAAAAUAAUUAGAAGCCUC